UGGUAAGAACAUGCUGGAGGGAGCCCGCCGACCACCCAAUUCUAAUUUUCGAUGAUCUGUUAGUUACUUGUUAUUUUGGUAAGAAAUAAAAGUUAAAUUUUUUUCAUACUUAACCGGAUAUCACGUAGACGUACCUAUUUGUGCUUGAUGUAAACGUCGGAAACACUUCCCUCUGCACCCCGAGGACGACGAAUUCAAAAGUAGCUCCUGGGUUGUCGUUGUACUAUUGUAACCGCCCACCGGCGCGGCCACGGCCAGGAGACCUCCUCCUGUGGUCUCUCGAAGAAAAGAUACCGUCGCCGACAAGAAGAUGACACAAAAUCACCAGCACCUGGAGGUGCCGGCGGCACGGCGGGGAACUACAAGGUUCUUGGCCUCAGUUGCAGUACUCGUCGAAUUUAUGUCGUCCCCGCAUCUGUACAACUUCUACUCCUCGGCAAACGCGUUGCAAGUAGUCCGGUGGACCGCGACUCGCAAGCCGGAAGAUGGUGUCGUCGUAGAUGAACCAAGCCAGGACUUCUAUAGCACCAGACCGCUUGAGAACAAUCGUGGUGAGGAACAGCGAGAAGAAGAUGCUGAAGAUCAUGCCGGUAGUACAACAACUGCGCACGACCAGGACGAGCCAACGACAGCACAUUUUAUUUCAACAUCUUCUGCAUCCCUGCUCGAAAACACAAGGACGUCGAUGUCGAAUAAAAUGGAACAACAACUACAAGUGCCGGCUUUCAUCUCCUCUGGGCCCCACAAAACCGUCGGGUUUCUCUUCGAUGCAGAAACGCAAGAGCACCGGCGUGUCGAAGCCGGACCACCAGGCAGACGGCCCGCAGCAACGCGCGGAGUCGAUGGGCUUUACGGGGUCGUGGAUUCUGCUCCGUUGAACAACGGGACUGCCUUUGCCUUUCUAGACGUGAAUCGGGUUACUGUGAACAAGCAAAGCGUCGGCGAUAAAAAUAGUACCGAAAAUCAGCAGGGGAUCGGAAAGCCGCUGCCCAAGAAUUCCCGGCGCUACAGCGUUCUGCUGCUUUUUGAGGAGAUCAAGUGGUACGUUGCGCAGGUGCAAAAACUGUACCAGAUGCAGGGUGUUUCCGACCCCGAAAAUGCGGAAUUCCCCUUUCCCCAGGACUGGCGGGCCUUCCUGCGGUGGAACGACACCACGGGGUGGCUGAAGGACUGGGACCAGGAUUACACGAAGGUGAAAUUUCUUGGGGGGCAAGGGUUCAGUGAGAAGCAGGGCGGUGUUUGGCAGGGACAGAUCGCGCUACUGAGCAGCACGGGGGGCAGCCCGCGGGCCCCGCAGCAGAGGCAAUAUGUUGGAAAGUCUGCGAACACGGUGUCCAACAACCCAAAUGACUAUCGCGACGGGACGGAUGGUGGAGCUGGGUGUGGAGGGGACGAAAACAAGACCACCAGAGAACAGGCCGUGUUUUACCAGACGAUUGCUCGGAAUGAGGUGGUAAAUAUGAUGGCGCAGAAGACCGUGGGAGCGGAGGCGGCCAUGCAGCUGACGGAUGUGUACGGGGACUCGCGCCACCCGUACCACGCAAUUGUUUUCAAUCAGGUGUAUGCUUCCCGAGGCAAUCUGUACGACGUGAUCCGGAAGGAGGGCCUGACAGUCGCAGCGCAAAAACAGGUGCUGAAGGAUAUCCUGCUGGAUUUGGUGAAGAUGCACAACCUAGGGGUUGCGCACCUCGAUGUGAAGCCCCAGAACACGGUUCUGGAUGACGACAACCGCGCCAAACUGAUCGAUUUUGGUGGGUCUCGCUUCUCGCCGACCGGCUUGAUGUCGGCUAUGGAAAACACACUGGCAACGGCGGCCUUCGCGCCCCCGGAGUAUGUCAACUACGGGCGCGGGCACCGGGGGGGAAAGUUGCAGGCCUGGAGCAACCGGUGGGACGUCUGGAGCGUCGCGGUGGUGCUGGACGAACUUCGCCUCUUGGCGAAGGUCUCGUAUGGACCCCGGGACGCUGGACCGAACUUUCAGAGUCAGCUGAAUUUCGCGCGGGAUCGGGGUCCGGAUAAUGGCUCGUACAGGAAGAUGAGCGAGCCUUUUUAUGCGCAGUGGACGCAGCCGGAUAUUCCGCUCGUCGAUGACCCGGCCAACUUUUUGUCGUUUCUGCUCCUCCCCGACUGCCGGAGGUACACCGCGCGGCAGGCCUACCUGCACCCCUUCGUUGGGGGCCUCGAGUUAUUCUGAGGAAAAAUCCCCCCUCCCCAUAUCGAAAAGGUAUGUUUCCGAAAAUUUGUGUUGCUGAUUUGAGGGCACAGAUCCCGUCUGUCUUGCAAGAAGACAAGCGCAGAGGCUUCCGCACCAUUAUGGAAGCGAUUUGGCAUGCUGUUGCGCCUAGGGGGCGCCCGUUUGCAAUGCUAAGCAAAUAGACCUAUACGCCCCUACCUAGGCCCAGGAUCUGACUGCGAUGCCCAACUGCAAGACAAAUCCGAUUUGUUUACCCAAAUCCUGCAUCACAGAUGUCCACUUCGAUAUGGGGAGGGGGGAUUUUUCCUUUUGAUACGAGUCCGACCUUCCGCCGGAGACCGCGAUGGAAACCGCGAGCUGCCGCAACACCGGGCCCUACGUGCUGAAGACGGGACUCAACUACACGAUCCCCACCGUGGCCCCGACCGACCUGGGGCAGGAUUCCUGGGAAUGCUUUGACGAAGACGGUCCGGAUUGUGGUGUGACCCCAGAGUCCCCGAGCUCAUCUUCCUCCUGUGGACGAUAAAUCGGGCUAGUAUCUACGCACUUGCUUUUAUAUUUCGAGCAUUUUUCUUUUUUCUUGUUCAUCUGCAUUUUUUAUGUAUUCGUACGACUUUCUUAAUUGAUUGAAACACUUUUGCACAAUACAUGUUGCACUUUAUCGAUAUCGGCGAAAGCGCGGAUACCGCUCUAGAAUUCUGUUUCUUACUGUCUGUACGGAGAAGGAGCAUCGAAAAAGCGACCGAAACUACUUGUAGUGAAAUUUAAUAUGUAAUAUUUCUUUGUUCUCACGGCUCCAGUUCCCUCUCAGCCACAGAAUCCACACUUUUGCUUUAGUACGUAAUCACUCGAAUUCAAAAACUUUGAGCUUAUUGCUUUUUUUAUUGCAGCAGGCAAUCGUAAUAUCGAGUAGCGCUAGUAGGGUGUUGUAACCUCGUGGACUUCUGGCUCGCCGGACGACAGAGGUCUUCUGAGAAUCUCCUUGCGCCGACUGUUUUAAUUUUCGGGACUUAACAUGGAACUAAAACUACUACGUCAUUCUUUCUCCAGACGGAGGACUUCGCUUUCAUCUUUUGACACAGCGAUGUUUUGCUUUCAGCUUUUGACACAUAUCAUACAUAAUGCUGAUGAAGUGACACGACAUAUCGUUUUUCGGAAUGCUAUACAUAGGAUGUCGUCACAACUCUGGUCUUCAGCACUAGUGGCUGGCUGUGCGUCAUGAAGACCAGAGCCGUGGCGCAGCAUCCCGUUCGCAAUUUUGACUACUUCCCUCUGCAAAGCCAUCAGGCGCACCAUGCUGCGGAGGUGGCUCUUUCAAUGAGUAGUGCGCACUAUCUAUAUUUUUCCACGACCCGAUUGUCCAUUUUAACAUCCGCCUCAGACGAAGCCGACGUCCUGUCUCAGGAGGACGGAAAUCAAAGAUCCGCAGAUUUGAUGGGAAAGUCUGAUUGGAUUUGAAGAAAAGGAGGAUAUUAAAAAACGGGCAGUAGCUGCUGCACCUUGAAGAGAGAUUUCUGUUUCAUUAAGAGGGAA